AACAUUCACUGGAAUCAUCAAAGAAUAAGGUUUUAAGAAAUGCGGUACAUGUUGAGGAAGCCAAAGUGGAGAAGUGUGUCAGAGAUGUAAUGAAAGAAAAGAAAAUUGAACAGAAGGAUACAGGGUUUAAGACAAAUCUGCAUAUAUCCUUACUGCAGAUAACAGGUUAUAAAAAACUUUAUUUGAAUGUGGAAAAUCUGAGGAAAGUCCCAUAUGAUUCAGAUAACGAAGAGCAUGAGGAACAGUUAAUUGAGCUUUGGAAUUUGCUGAUGCCUCAUGAGAAUCUGAAGGCCAGAAUCACCAAGCAGUGGUGUGACAUUGGCUUCCAAGGUGAUGAUCCCAAAACAGACUUCAGAGGAAUGGGCCUGCUGGGCUUAGUGAAUCUGGUGUAUUUUAGUAAGCAUUACACGGACGAAGCUCGUCAGAUCCUUUCUCGUUCAAAUCACCCAAAGCUGGGAUACUCGUAUGCAAUAGUUGGCAUCAAUCUGACAGAAAUGGCAUAUAGCUUACUUAAGAAUGGUGCUUUAAAGGCUCAUCUGUACAACCUGGUCUCUGGAUUGCCACAGAUGGAGCACUUCCAUCAGUUUUACUGUUAUCUGGUUUAUGAGUUUGACAGGUUCUGGUUUGAAGAAGAACCAGAAAGCAUUAUGCACUUCAACCAGUACAGAGAGAAAUUCCAUGAAAAAAUUAAGGGACUUCUACUGGAUUGUGAUGUGAUACUAACCUUACAAAAUACAAAGAAACCUUAACUCCUCUGCAACAUGCGAGGUUCUGCAUCGAAAAUGGAGUUGCGCAUUCAGAUGGAAGUUUUGCAUGUUUCACCAAAAACUGUUUAACAAUAGAACAUUUUUUUUACAUUUAAAAAAAUAAUCAAAAUUCAGUUAAGAAAGCUUGGACAAUCAACCUCUGUUUACAGGUCUUUAUAUGCUACUCUCCAAAGGACA